AUGGCAGAACAUCCAAACAAGGUUGCCUUUGAACAAGGCGUAGAAUACAUUCUCAAGUCAUGGACUGCACUGAAUUUGGCAGUAGAACAGGAUUGGGGAGGUGUUGAAUCGGCCGAGAAGCGAGACUGGUUGAUUGGCGUGAUUGUUGACUAUUUUGGUUCAAACGGCAAAAAAUUGGACGUGGAAGACAUUGAAACUAUCUUGGAUCAGAUCAUGACCGACGAGUUUCAAACCAUCCUCGAGGAUGACUCGUCCUACUUGGUUGCUAAGCAUCUUGUCGAGGUGUAUCAUCAAUGUAUCCGUGGCAACUUUACCGAAGUCGAACGAUUAAAAGAGAAAUACCAAUCACGACAGCCGGCAACUGCUUCUCGGCAACAACAGAAUAACGACGAGGAUGACAAUGACAACGACAACGGACCACCUCGUCCAUCAAAACCCGAACCCGAGAUCGACGACGAUGGAUUCGAAACUGUAUCAUACAAGCGUAGAUAA